CAGUGCGGCAUUUAGGGGGCAGGCUGACAUUAAAAUCCAAAGAAGAAGCAGGAGGGUUUUUUUUUGCGAUACGCUACAAAAUGAUCCAUACCUGUCAAAUGUGUAGCUGAUCCGAUCCGUUUGUUCGAAGAAUAAUAAAAUACACCGACGAUACUCGCCGCAAAACAGAGGCAUUACGCCGCAAAAGUGUGCGCAUGGAAGGCGUCAAGAUGCCCGGUCAACUUGACGGCUUGAAGCCCAGAAAGAGGAAGAUCGGCUCCAGACAGGCUUCUACGUCAAGAAGGAGAUGCGCAGACGGUCCAAAGACGCAGCCGGCAGCAGAGUGCAGCUCGGCCGUCGGUGUUCACAGCAAAGCAGACGUCCCUCUCGAGAAAGACUCUCGCAUCAGCUGCGAGUGCCACCACUUUUCAGGCAGGAGGAGGUGCUCGGCGUCGCCAGAGGUCGAAAGCCAGGAGGGCAAAGAAAACGCACUGAGGGCGAGGCUGGAACCGGAGGGCCGCAAAGGGAACGGCGCCCGCGACAAGCGGGAGUCCGAGGACAUGGAUUGUGAGGAAACCAGCAAAAACGUGGGGAACAUCUUCCCGGACGACGACAGCAAUCAGAUUCUUCCCGUCGAGCAGUUCUUUGGGAACUUGGACGCCGUACAGGACUUCCCUCAAAGAUCGUCGGAGACGUCCCGCCGCGUCCACAGGGAGCGCAGGAGACGACACUACUACGCACCAGAGGACAGCGACCAAGAGGAGACGAGGGGCGGAGGGGACGCUGAGUGAACGGGCAGCGCACCGAGGACAUUAGAGGACUUCGCAGCGAGUCAACACGCCAAAGCGCUUUGAGAAAACGCCGCCAAAAUGAGACGGCUCAUCAGAGUUGGACCCCCCCCCCCAAAAAAAACCCGCUGAUGGACGUGCUCGCCAUUCACUGGUGAUGAAGUAACCCGGGGCGAUGCGGGUCACGUGCCCCAAAGAACCCGCUGGCUCCAGUUCACCACCGCUGGUCAGGACUCGGCUGAUGGCUCAAAGCGCGGCGUCAACAUUUCCAGUUGUCGACCUGACGAGGAAACUCCAAACACACAGACCUGCCAAAUUGUUUUAAAAUGCCUGAAUGUGUUAUUUCAUUUGAUACCUUUUGAUGCAGCUACAGUACUGAGAUGAAUAUGUCCACCUGUGGCGGUUUGUACAAUAGUGCCUGUUUUGUUAUUUAUUUCUGAAUUCAUGCUCUGUGUUGGCGGCACUUCAUUUAGAUAAAUCGGGCUACGUAACGCGCUGCUUUAUACAGCCUUGAUCAAUGCCAAACAGUACUGGACUUCAACAUUUAAUCGAUUUAUAUUCAAUUAUAGGUUGUGUACAUGCAGAAAGGAAGGAGGUGUCGAAGAGUAGAUCCACGUAGACAGCGUUUAAUAUCAAAUAUUAGCAUUUGAGAGGAAUGUCAUUGUUCACCAAGUGUCUCAUAUUCAUUGUUCAUUGCAAAGUCUUUUUUUGGCAGCUGCUUAACAUACUGUAUAACACAUCUGUGAAUUAUAACCUGUGGAAGUAUAUCGAUGCAGCUAACACGUUUCUCUGGGUUCCUGCUAGGUUCACAUUUGCAAACAUAAAAUACAAAAAAACAAUCAUGGACCAACAAUGUUUGUGGAAAAGUGGUGAUUUAAGGCUGACAAAUGUCAUCUAGUCGUCUGAGGUAAUUGCACUGCUGCGGUUCACUCCUAUGCAACUUCCUGUCCGAGUGACCGCCGCUGAAAUCAAUCCAUGCAUUUCUACAUCACCGUGCCAACAAAGACAAAUAAAUGGUUUUCAUGGU